CGGUUUGGGGCCGGGGGCAGGGACGAAGGCUGCGGGUCGAGGCUCUGGUGCCUCCCUGCCACAUCUUCACGGCGCCCCCUCCAGCCGCUGGAGCCCCCGUCCUCUCCUUUGGAGCGCAAGAUCCCAGAGCCCUCGCCUGCCUCAGCGCACCAGCACCCUCCCUCCCGCCCUCGCAGCAUGGUCUGGAAGAAACUGGGCUCCGGCAACUUCUCCAGCUGCCCCAAUGGCUCCCAGUGGAUAUGGGACGUGUUUGGUGAAUGUGCCCAGGACGGCUGGGACGAGGCCAGUGUGGGCCUGGGCUUGAUCUCCAUUCUCUGCUUCGCAGCGUCCACUUUCCCGCAGUACAUCAAGGCCUGCAAGACGGGCAACAUGGACCAGGCCCUGUCCCUGUGGUUUCUCCUGGGCUGGAUUGGUGGAGACUCCUGCAACCUCAUCGGCUCUUUCCUUGCUGACCAGCUGCCCCUGCAGACCUACACAGCGGUGUACUACGUCCUGGCAGACCUGGUGAUGCUGUCCCUUUACUUUCACUACAAGUUUAAGAAUCGCCCCUCUCCGUUGUCUGCCCCCAUCAACUCCUUGCUCUUGUUCACCCUGGGACUGGUGUGUAUCACCCCACUGCUGAGCAGCACUGCCUCUAUGGCUGCCCCAAGGGAGGUCUUCCAGGGCCGGAAGCUCCUGUCUGUGGAGCCGGGCAAUAAGCCCUUCACUCGGCAGGAGAUCAUUGGUUUUGUCAUCGGCUCCAUCUCCAGCGUACUGUACCUGUUCUCCCGGCUGCCUCAGAUCCACACCAACUUCCUGCGGAAGUCGACCCAGGGGAUCUCCUACUCGCUGUUCGCCUUGGUGAUGCUGGGGAACACGCUGUACGGGCUGAGUGUGCUGCUCAAGAACCCCGAGGAGGGCCAGAGCGAGGGCAGCUACCUGCUGCACCACCUGCCCUGGCUCGUGGGCAGCCUGGGCGUGCUGCUGCUCGACGCCAUCAUCUCCAUACAGUUCCUGGUGUACAGGAACGCCGCCACGUCCUCAGAGCACCAGCCCCUCCUCCCCGGCUGACCAGGACCCAGGCCAACCCAGAUGACCAGGACCUCCAGCUACCACUCAGGAAGAGAGAGGUGUGGGCAGUCAGUGCCAAGGACCCUGGACGAGGCUGUGGAGGAAGCCAGGGUCGGGGGGCCGGUCCUCCUGACCCACCU